UCAUCAUCAUAUCCUUGCGUGCACUGCAAUGGAUAUGGAACAUCCUUCUUUCGUCUCUUCAUGUUAUGAUGUUUUCUUGAGUUUCAGAGGAGAAGACGUUCGCAACAACUUCGUCGACCAUCUCUAUAGUGCCAUGCAGCAAAGAGGAAUUUACACUUUCAAAGACGAUGAGAAGCUAGAAAGGGGAAAGUCCAUCUCUCCCGCACUUGAGAAGGCAAUCCGAGAAUCGUCCAUGGCGGUCGUCGUCUUCUCCGAGCACUAUGCUGAUUCUACAUGGUGUUUGGAGGAAUUGAUGAAAAUCAUGGAGUGUAUGGAGGUGAAAGGUCAGAUGGUUGUUCCCAUUUUCUAUGGCGUGGAUCCAUCGACGGUGAGGAAACAGAAUGGAAAGUUUGGAGAAGCCUUUGAAGGACACGAGAAGAGGUUUGAGAAAGAAGGAGAAAAGGUGAAGAAAUGGAGGAAAGUGUUGGAGGAUGUAUCCAAUUUGUCCGGUUGGGAUCUCAACAACACUCAAAAUGGGCAUGAAGCAAAGUUCAUCCAGAAAAUUGUUGAAGAUAUGAUUACUAAAUUGGGUCCAACAAGGUCAACUGAUGAUCCAAAACUUGUAGGGGUGAAGCAUCGUAUACAGAAAUUGUAUCCACUGAUAGGCAUUGGGUCUAGUGAUGUUCGCUUUGUUGGAAUACAUGGGAUGAGCGGGAUUGGAAAGACAACUAUUGCUAGAGCUCUUUAUGACAAGAUCUCGAUGAAAUUCGAAGAUUCUAGUUUUAUUCAUGAAGUUAGAAGCGAGGCAGCCAAACAUGGUCUGGUGCACUUGCAACAGAAACUUCUAUCCAAGAUUCUUUCAGUAAAAGAUUUGAAAAUAGACAAUGUCUUUGAAGGAGAAAAGAUGAUACAGCAAAGGCUGCGUUGCAAAAGAGUCCUUGUUGUUCUUGAUGAUGUUAAUCACAGGGAUCAAUUGGAGUCCUUGGCUGGAAACAGCAAUUGGUUCGGUGCAGGAAGUAGAAUCAUCAUAACAACCAAGAAUAAGCACUUGCUUAUUAGCCACAAAGUGAAAAUUAUGAAAUACUAUAAAAUGGGUGUGCUAGAGGAAGCUGAAAGCUUUCAACUCUUUAGGCAUCAAGCAUUUAAGAACCAGGUGCCGCCUAGCAAGGAAUUUGAGGAAGUCGAAGCUCAAGUGGUAUACUAUGCUGGCGGCCUUCCUUUGGCUCUUAAAGUUUUGGGUUCUUUCCUGUAUGGUAGAGACAUUACUGAAUGGAGAAGCCAAGUGGAGCGACUUAAGGAAAUCCCAGAAAAUGAGAUUUUAGAGAAACUUAAAGUGAGCUUCCAUGGGCUCAACAAAAUUGAUCAAAAGAUUUUCUUAGACAUUGCUUGCUUCUUUAAUGGGAAGAAGAGAACAUCCAUAACAAGAAAACUUAACAGUUUCAACUUCCACUCUGACAUUGGCAUAAAGAUUCUCAGGGAGAAAUCUUUGAUAAGUAUUUCAAAAGGUCACGUUUUGAUGCAUCAAUUAAUACAAGAAAUGGGGUGGUCUAUUGUUCGCCAAGAAGCUUCAGAUGACCCAAAAAGAUAUAGCAGGUUGUGGCUGCCUCAGGAUAUUUCUCAACUACUCAUAGGAAGUGAGGGUACAGAAAAGAUCGAAGGUAUAACAUUCAACUUGCAGGCUGCAGCAAAUGUGGAAGUUAGUAGUGAGGCCUUCACGCACAUGACAAAGCUAAGGCUUCUCAAAUUUCACAAUGCAAACGUUUCUCAGAUCCCUAAUUUUCUCCCUGCGGAGUUAAGGUGGCUCCAUUGGCACGGAUAUCCUUCAAAAAUGUUGCCUGUUAGUUUCCAGGGACAAAAACUUGUAGGUCUUAAAAUGCAAUAUAGCCGUCUCAUACAACUUUGGAAAGGCUUGAAGGUUCUGAACAAUUUGAAAUUCAUGAACCUAAGCCACUCUCAGAAACUAAUUAGGACUCCAGAUUUCACAGGAACCCCAAAUCUUGAAAGGUUGAUUUUGAAAGAGUGUACAAGUUUGGUAGAGAUCCAUGCUUCUAUUGGAUUCCUCAAGAACCUUGUUUUACUUAACCUAAACCACUGUGUAAAUCUUAAGAGGCUUCCUGAAAGCAUUCAUUUAGAAAAGCUUGAGACAAUGAUCCUAUCAGGCUGCUUGAAACUUGAAAAUUUCCCAAAAAUUGCAGCUCCCAUGGCUUGCUUGUUAGAAGUACAUGCUGAGGCUACAGCUGUAAGAGAACUACCAUCAUCGAUCGAGUGGCUCACAAACCUUAGGUUAAUAGAUCUAGGCUUUUGCAAGCAUCUUGUAAGUCUUCCAAAUAGCAUUUGUAGAUUGAAAGGUCUGCAAACUCUCAUUCUCUCUGGUUGUUCCAAUUUUGGCAAGUUACCAGAUGAUUUGGGGCAAAUGGAAGGCUUAACAGAGCUGUAUUGUGAUGACACAGCAAUCCAGGAACCACCAUCAUCCUUUUCACUUCUAAAGAAGCUCAAGUUCUUAACCUUUCGUGGAUGUAAACCUUUGGCUUCUCAAUCGCAGCGUUCUCUCUUCCUCUCUAGGUUGCUGCAACCAAGAACUUUUCAAGAUAUCAAGGCUUCACCCUCUGUUUCUCUUUCUGGUUUAUCUUCAUUGGUACAACUUGAUAUUAGUUGUUGUAGUAUGUUUGAUGGAGGCAUUUGUUGUGAUCUUGGGGAGUUGCCGUCUUUACAAGUUUUGAAUCUUAGCAACAACAAGUUCGUUAGUAUCCCAGCCGAAUCCCUGGCUCACCUCACCGGACUUAAGAAACUUGAUCUCGUUGGAUGCUAUAGGCUUGAAACUUUGCCAGACCUUCCUUCAAGUAUAAAAGAGGUUUAUUUAGAUGAAUGCAAAGCUUUGAGAGGCAACAUAGAUAUGUUUGCAAAAUACCCAAAGUUGUCACGCAUUUCAUUCACUAGAUGCAUUCAACUACUUCAGAAUCCGCUUUAUAGUGACGUGGUUGAUGCAAUAUGGCAACACCUGCUCAAGGGACUAUCUGUGGCAGAUCGACAUUGUAGUGUCUUUUUUCCUGGGAAUUCGGUUCCUGAGUGGUUUACCUACAAGAACUUGGGACUUUCAAUUUCAGCAAACCUGCCUCAGAAUUGGUACAACGACAAAUUCAUGGGAUUUGCUAUUUGUGUGCCUGAUGUUAGAAGCAUUACUUGUGUUUGUUCUUAUGAUGUGAGUGAAAAGUAUGGGAUUGAAGUGGUUUUUGGUUACAGAAGUCAUGAUGGUGGUGAGAAUUGUGUUUUAACGUUUAUUGGCAUGGUAGGGAGUGAAGAGUAUAUGGUUUCUGAGCGCAGUUGCUUGGCCUAUUUGUCAUAUGGGUCUUUGAUUUUGCCUGGAUGUGAAGAUCCUAAUGAAUGGAGCCAAAUUGUGGUUGAGGGUGUUGGUGACUAUGAAGGCAUUGGAGGUUAUGGAUUGCAGCUUGUGUAUGAGGAUGAUGUUAAACAGGCUCAUGCUCAGGCUAAUGAACUGCUUAUGAUCCAAGAUGACUCUUCUUGAUAUUU